AUGAAGUCUUUCCCUGUGGCAAUUCUCUAUUUAUGGGUUGCGGCUGUCGCAGCCAUCGAUCUCUGGCAUUUCGUUAAAUCGAUUCCCGAUGAGGCACAAGCCGAGAUGCAUCAGAUCAUUGACAACAAGAACCUGACCAAGGCCCAAGUAAUGGAAAGAUUGGAUGUGUGGGCAGCCAAACAACCAGAAGGUUUCCAGGUAAAUCUAAUCGUUUAGAUUACUACUUUUUAAGGAAGAGUACGAACAGGUGAAGAACUUGCUUGCUACACGGGGAUUAAAUGCCUACAAGGCUCAGAGAAAUCCUACUGUAAAUCCGGCAAUCGAUGAGAUCAGACAAAACACCAGUCUUACUCGAGAACAAGAACGGGAGGCUGUUCAGGUAGUUAUAAACGAACCUUUUGUUACUUUCAGAAGAUCUUAACUGUCCCUGGAGGCAUCGUAACCACUACUUCUUCCCCUAUUGUGUAG